UCGUUUCGUACUCUUUCUCCCUCUCUCUCUCUCUGCUCCUCUUCGAUGGCGGGUGGCGGUGAAGCCCAAGCUCCCACUUCGUCCCUUUCGCUGGAGAAGCAGUUCGAGGACUUCCGAGUUCAGCUCCAAGAGUCCGGAAGCUUGCGCGAACGUAUUCGAGCUAUGGCGAUGGAGAUCGAGUCCACCACCAGGCUCAUGUAUGCCAGUCUCCUUCUAGUCCACCAGUCUCGCCCAACUCCUGAGCUUUUAGAGAAGGCCAAAGCGCAGAUUGGUGUACUGAAGGAGCUUUACAAUCGACUUGCUGAGGUUCUUCGUGAAUGCGAUGGGCAGUACUACAGGUAUCAUGGCGAUUGGAGGAGUGAGACACAGACCGUAGUUUCGUUGCUUGCUUUCAUGCAUUGGUUGGAAACAGGAAGUCUUCUUAUGCACUCUGAAGCCGAGGAAAAACUUGGGUGUAUAUUUUUUGCUCUAUUUUUGCUUCUUUGA